CCUUAGCGCUAAGUGACAAGCACUGCUGCCAAUCAUAUUGGUGGAGGCGUGUCCGGGCCUUAGCGUGAGAUGAAAGGAAGAUGGGGGUCAAACUGGAGGUUUUCAGGAUGGCCAUAUAUCUGUCCUUCCCUGUGACCAUGUUUUGGAUCUCUAAUCAACCAAAAUACUUUGAAGAGUACAUAGUGAAACGUAAGAGAGAGAUUUAUCCCCCGGAGCAAACUGAACAGAAGAGACAGUUGGCGGAGCUGAAAGAGAUGAUGAGACAGAGAAAAGAGAAGCUCCUAAUGGAGGAUUAGUGCAUCCCGUGACAAUUGCUGCUCCUGAUGUGCCCAUGGUUGUAUAUGGACUCUGGCCCGAUGUAUAUGGACAUGUGUUCUGAUCACAGAUGUAUAUGAUUGCAUGUGUCCUCAUGUUUAAAACUACAGUAAAACUGUGUUAUGUAAAUAA